AUGACUCGACCCGACUCGCCGUCCGACGACGAGUCGCCUGUGACCGAAGGCGCUCCAACAGCAGCGGCCUUCGCAGAAACCAUACUCGAGAGGAUGGCGCAGCAAGACGCCGCCCAAAAGGCGACGACCGAGCAACUUGCCGCCAUCGCUGCCAUUCUAGCUCCGUUGGCCGGAGGCUCGGGAGAUCCGGCUACAACGGUCCGAAAGCAACUGUUCGACACUUACCGAACAGCCAGUGCCGGAAACCCCGCAAGUACGAGUGCCGUACAGGUCCAAACUCCUGGCGGCGUCGACCUCGUUACCGUCCGGGAACUCGCUGAGCUUAAGCAAUCAGUCCUGGACUUGAAAGACCGGAUGCUCGAAGGACCUACGUCAGCGCCGCUGAUCGAACGUGUCCUCGCCGAAACCCUAAAAACCCCAUUUUCCCGGAAGAUCACCGACGUACGUUACCGGCCGACCGAGAAAAUUCACCUUCCGACUUACGCCGGAAAGGCGGACCCAACCGACCACAUCACUGCUUUCAACAUCACGAUGGGUCGAACCAACUUCUCUGAGGAAGAAAGAGACGCUGGCUACUGUCGUCUCUUCGUGGAAAGUCUUCAAGGACCAGCUCUCGGAUGGUUCACUGGAUUGGAGCGCGACUCCAUCAACGAUUUCCACGAUCUGACGACUGCUUUCCUCAAACACUACAUCAUGUUUACAAGACAAGGAGCAACUCUGUCCGAUUUAUGGAAUCUGUCUCAAGGAUCGAGCCAAAGCCUCCGCGACUUCAUGGAAAAAUUCAAAGCAGUCGCUUCGAAAGUCCAAGUCCCCGACAGCGUUGCCGUCGACGCACUGAUGAAUACUCUCUACUUCAAGUCCUUGUUUCGCGAGGACCUGUACAGAAAUCCAACCACGUCGCUCCAGGACGCAAUCGCCAGGUCGAACAACUUCAUCCGAAUGGAAGAAGAUACAGCAGCGAUACUUAAGAAACUAAACACGGCAACCAAACCGGCAACUGUCCCCAAAGCUCCCGAGGCACGCCAGGACCCGUCAGCACGCCUCAGGCAGUAA